AAAAGGUAUACGCCGUUGCAAACUGGGAAAAGAAAAGAUGCUUGUAGUGUCAAUGUCAAUCCAAUUUCUGAGCAUUACCUGAAAAUAGUAACUCCAAAACAACACACGUGUGUCUGUCUACUCUAGAUAUUCUAUAAAUACCCUCUCUUUCUCUCUCACUCUCACCAAUUCAACUUUCUCUCUCACUCUCUAUCCAAUUCAAUGGCCAUAAAAUUCAUACUCUUUCUCACCGUCGGAGCAAUUGCUUUGCUCUUUCUCCUCUCCAAUUCCUCCCAGAACAACCACCACUGCCUCCACCUCCAUUCCGGCUGGGAGGAGGAUGACUUCAAUCACACCAACAAAAUCGUCUGCGUCUUCCCAGAAAUCGACGUGGACCCCACUGAUAACUACAUCUCCGUCCACGAACUUACUCAGUGGAAGCUUCAACAUCACCAAACUAAGCAAUUGCAUCGCAGCAAGAGGGACAUGAUCUUUUACGAUAAGAAUCACGACGGUUUUGUCUCCUUCGCCGAAUUCGAGCACCGUCUUCCCACUUCACAAUACACAGCAGAUGGUGAUUCUUUUGGUUAUGAUAAGAGACUGUUGGAAGAACAGCAUUUUAAUGCAUCUGAUACAGAUGGAGAUGGUCGUCUAAAUUUAGCUGAAUUCCAUGAUUUUCUUCAUCCGGCGGACAGCAACAACCCAAAGCUUCAACAAUGGCUGUGCAGGGAGGAAGUCUGGGAACGUGAUACCGACAGAGAUGGGAAGGUCAGUUAUAUAGAAUUUGUCAAUGGGCUCUUUCUUUCCAUAAGAUCCUAUGAUGAAGAAAGUUACGGUUAUUCAUAUCAUUCUGAUGAUUCGAAGAAAGCUUAUUCUGAAUUUAUGUUUUCUCAGCUAGACAAAGAUGGUGAUAGGUAUUUGUCAGCUAUUGAACUACUACCUAUAAUUGGGAAAGUCCAUCCAUCUUGGCGUUAUUAUGCAAGGAAACAGGCGGAAUACUUUGUUUCACAGGCACAAGUUGGCAAAUAUGGGCGCCUUAAUUUGAAUGAGAUGAUUGAGAAUGCAGAUAUAUUAUAUGCUGCGAUUUUCCGCGAUGAGUUCUUUUAAGUAAGGACAGUUCUAUCUCAACCUACAUUCAAUGAACAUUUUCGUUACAGUUCGGUGGAGAAGAAAGGGCUUGAAACAUGGUGACAUCAAGGAGUGUGACUUCGUAAGCUGGCAGAUUACUAUUGGAAAGUAGCGGGUUAUCGUAGGAGUAAGAUAUUGAGUUGGAUAGCACAAGGUCCUUGUAUCAGCAAGCAACAAAGUCGGUAGUCAGACUAAUAAUGGACAAAAAAAUGGAUCUUCAAUUGCUGUUGCUAAUAGACAAAGAAUGCUCAUGAAAUAAAAAAAGGAGUUGGUGCUGUGCUACACUCACGUUGGGCAAUGUUUAUGAGCAGGUGCAGUGCAGCAAGUGAAGCUUUGUUUUAUUGUUAUGUAGCUUUAGUGAAUCAAGUCAGUAGUUAGUUGAUCUUGAGUAUUUCUUGUUUUAUUGUUAUGCAUAAGGUUUCUUUUGUUGUCCUAAUUUUGUUGCUUGGGUCCAAACUCUGCAAUUUUGAUUGCUCUUUCCUUAGCAUUUCUUGUGCUUUGAUUAGAGCUUAGUAAUGUAUUUUACUUUGACUAGAUAUUAGUAAUGUAUUUCCUUGCAUCCUCAUAAUACUAUCGUCUUCCUUUGUACA